AUGGACUCGUAUAUCUCCACUGGCUCAAGCGACUCCGACGCCCUCGACCCCGACGACCCGCGGGUUACAGGAGUGCGAAAAAAUCAACUGGACGACCCCGAGGACCUAGAGAAGGCGGCGAUGAAGCACAUGACGUAUAGAGCCAGAAGGAAGCUUCGCGCGCGCAUUCGCAUCGAGUUUAACAUCACCUCAAUCGCCAAUCGGCAUCAGUUCCUCAUGCGGCUAGCCAAAGCGUUGAUGACCUUUGGCGCUCCUUCUCACCGCAUCGAAGCUCAACUCACGUCCGCCGCACGCAUCCUCGAGGUCGAGGCCGAGUUCAUCCACAUCCCCCGUGUCAUCAUCUGUCGCUUCGGUGACCUCGGAACCAAGACCACCGAGGUGCAUUUUAUCAAGUGCGACGGUCGUUUGUCGCUCGGGUCGCUUCACGAGGUUCACCAGAUCUACCGCCAUCGCUCGCCAGGCACGGUCAAGCUGGAAGCACUGAUGACCGCCAAGCCUCUGUACAAAUGGCAGAUUCUGUGCGCAUUGGCGUUUGUCCAGUCAGCGCUGAUCUGCCCCCUCGCUUUCGGUGGAUCCCUGGCAGACAUGUGGGUUGCCGGUCUAGCGGCGAGCUUCCUGUCUGUGAUGCAAAACCGCCUCGCGGCGAAGAGCCAGGUCAUCUCGAACGACUUUUGUCACAUCGUCGUGUCCGGUGUAGCUCGUGGGCUUAGUAUCAUCAAGGGCGAUAUUUUCUGCUACACUGCGAUCUCUUCUGCCGGAAUUGUAGGCAUUCUUCCAGGGUAUCUCAUUCUGACGAGCUCUCUUGAGCUAGCUUCCAAGAAUAUCGUCUGUGGAAGUGUGAAGAUGGUUUAUUCGCUCAUCUACACCUUAUUCCUUGGCUUUGGACUUCAGAUCGGCUCGGACUUGUUUCUCCUCUUCGUCCCCAAAGCCCACGAUGACCUCGCCAUCCUUGCCGCUCAGCUCUCUUCGGCCGCCACGAUCAGCGGCACGUUCGUCUCCGACAACACGACGUUCGCCAACCUGACCAACAACGGCCAGCCGCUCUCCGGCACGUUCACGUUCACCCCCCGCCUGCCGCAGAACCACAACGACAUCCCGUUCCCGUUCUGGACGCAGUUCCUGAUCGUGCCCACGUUCUCGACCGUCUCCUCGCUGAACAACAUGCAGCCCUUCUGGCGGCGCGAGCUCGUGGUCAUGGUCACGAUCUCCUGCCUCGCCUACGCCGCGAACAAGACCGCGGACCACUUCAUCUUCAACCGGUCCGACGUCGUGAGCGCGAUCGGCGCGUUCGUCGUCGGCAUCCUCGGGAACGUGUACUCGCGCCGGUUCGGCGGCACCGCGUUCACCUCCAUGGUCACCGGCGUGCUCUUCCUCGUCCCGUCCGGGCUCUCGCAGGUCGGCGGGAUCACCGCGCAGGGGAACGGGAUCGACAUCGGGGGCGCGAUGAUUGCGGUCACGAUCGGGAUCACCGUCGGGCUGUUCAUGAGCCAGGCGUUGGUGUACAUGUUCGGGUCGCGCAAGAACGCCGCGAUUUUCUCGUUCUGA